ACAUCCCACUGUGCUGCUGUAUGCGAAGUUGAUGACAUGACAGAAAAUACAGCUUUGGUGGACACUCGCAAGACUACUACUAAAAUUACAUUCAAAACUAAAGAGGGCAUUGACAACCAAGGGAUGGUUCUCAUCGGCGAUACAGAUGGUGAGUUUACACCCAGCCCACGUCUGUGUGUCCUAAAACGAGAGGAAGGAGAAUCCUACGGUUUCCACCUGCGGAUAGAGAGGGACUGCCGAGGCCACGUCAUCAGAAAUGUGGCUGCAGGCGGGAUUGCACAGUGCAGUGGCCUGCAGAAUGGAGACAGGCUUCUGGAAGUCAACGGCUGCUUCGUUGAUAACAUUUUGCACUUAGAAGUGACCCGAAAGAUAAAACUAAGUGGACAGCAGGUGGGCUUAUUGGUGCUGGACGGGGAGCAGUAUGAGCAGGCCGUGUCACGAGGUCAUGACCUCCGAGACAUCAGCAGAAUGCACAAGGUGGUGGACUGUAGACCGCCAAGACUCUGUCACAUCAGCAAACAGCCAGCGUCAGGUCUGGGUAUCAACUUCACACCUGUGGAAGGACGAAAAGGUCAGUUUUCUGUCAGCCCAGUGGCAGGAGGUGCAGCUGAAAAGGCAGGCGUGCGUAAGGGAGAUCGCCUCGUCUGGAUGAACGGAGCAAGUGUGUCCGAGCUCACACCUUCUGCACUCAGUAUGAUGAUGAAAAAAUGUGGCAACCACAUCACCAUCAUGGUGAUCGACAGUGAGAGUGAGAAGAACUACGUUGAACAGGGGAUGCCCAUCCUGCCUGCGAUGGCUGUUCCACAUAAUCUUCCUUACAAAGCCAGAAAACUGCACCUGGUCUGUGGACCGGAGGGCUACGGAUUCCUCCUCCGCCUGGAGGCCGCUCCAGCAGGACGCACUGCUCACGUUGUGCGUAAGGUGGAUCGUGGCGGUCCGGCAGGGAAGGCGGGUAUGAAGGACGGAGAGGUGCUGCUGGAGGUCAAUGAAGAGUCGGUGGAAUCUCUCACGCAUGAGGAGAUUGUAGACAAAGUGAAGCAAAGCACACAGCAGAUCUCCUUCACCACCAUCAGGCCUCAGGGGCUCGAGUUUUACACCCAGCUGGGUCUGUCACCUCUUCUGUUCUGUGAGGAUGCUGAGCUUCAGCAAGAAAAGGACAGCGGCGUGGCAGCGUCCUCUGUACCGGAGCAGACAGGCCACACGCUCACAAACGCUGCUGCACACGUCGGUGAUUGUGAGGAUGAAGGAAAUCAUGAAAUAUCAUAUUUGUAAGAGACUGAAAUACAAGUCCCUUUGCAGAGACUUUUAACUGAGUGGGUUGAG